AUGACUUCCUUGGAGGUCGAGGGUGAAGGAGCCUACGACGAUGACUUUGAGGAAGAGGACGCCUCGGACGAUGACCGCGAGGCACCUCCUGCAGAUCCUCCGGCGCUGCCAGUCUCAGCAAGGACGGAUAAGCCUCCAAGGCCAUCGACUCCCCAGGCAUCGCCGGCAGAGGCUCGCUUGCCCAUCCGGCGAGAGCCCUCCUUAGGCCGAUCCGGGAGCCGAGGAAGUCCCGUGAAGGCGGAUCACCGACAUUCCGUGUCGAUGCCUGCCGACAAGGAUCCGCGGGUCAGUCGCACAGGCUCAGGUGCACUCAUCGUUGCAGACGGUCUUCCUGUUCUUACGAGCUUGGAUGACCAGCUGGACAACGGAAGGAGCAUGGGGAGUGCCCCAAGCACAGGACGGCGGGUUGUGCGUGGGAAAGUAUCAGUUGGGGAUGACCAUCGGCCGGGGACGGGUGAUAGCUCCACUCAGGGCGUUAUCUCGCCGGCAGCCCCGCCGAAAGACUCAAAGCCGUUGUGGCUGCAACAUGACGGCAAAAGUGCACGCAACAAAGAUGCUCUUCCGAGCUCAGGGUCGGUAGAUCCAGAUCCACCUCGUGGGGCACGCCGUGCGAGACCUGGUGAAAGCCCGGGCGCCGCUUCGGAAGGGGAUGCUGUGAGAAGCGAGGACCCACGAAAAAUCAAGCGUCUCCAGCAGGAGGUUCAACGACUUUCUCAGCGCCUCCAAGAGUCCGAGAUGUUCUCUGCCCACGACGAUGGGUUGCCAAAGUUCGCCUUAGAAGAGGUGGCGGUGGGCAACAUGAUCGCUCAAGGCGGUUUCUCCUCAGUGCAUCACGCAACCUGGAUGUGCACACCAUGUGCUUUGAAGAAAAUCUUCGAUCCAGUUCUCACAGAGGAGCUCAAGGCAGAGUUUGAGAACGAGGUUCAGAUGCUGAGGCGAUUGCGACACCCCAAUGUCGUGACACUGAUGGCAGUUUGCAGGACACCUCCGGCACUGAGCAUCCUUACCGAAAUGGUCUUUGGAGGCUCCUUGUUUGAGAUCCUUCAUGGCACAGUGCCGAGGCCUCGAGGUUCCCUCGAGGCCGACCCAGCAACUCUGUUGCCUGUCGUGCGCCAGGCUGGAGUUGCACUCACCUACCUGCAUGCUAUGAUGGUUGUCCACAGGGACAUCAAGUCUCAGAAUGUGCUGCUGACCGAAGGCAACAGGCCUAUAGCCAAGCUUUGCGACUUCGGGCUGGCACGGAUGCGCUCGGAGCUGUGCACUGGGUCAAUGCAAUGGGCUGGCACUGCUCCGUACAUGGCACCGGAGCUCUUUGCGAAGCGUAAAUAUGACGAGACUGUCGAUGUUUUCGCAUUUGGGACCAUGGUCUGGGAGGUUGCGGCUGCUGAAAUUCCGCAUGCCAACCUUGACGCGCCGGACAUCGCGCACCGCGUGCAGACCAAGGAGUUUGCUGGCCUGAGCGUCCCGCACAGCUGGCCAAAGUCUUUGAAGAAUUUGCUGCGGUCUGCGCUGUCCGCCCAGCCAGAUCAGCGUCCUGCGAUGACGCACAUCGUCACAGAGCUCGAGACAGUAAUCCGGGAGUUUGCGAUCUCUUGA